AUGACAAUGAAGAUGAAGGGAAUCUACAAAAGCUUCAAAUCGAUCUCUCAUAUAUUCGUUGAGAAAGAAAGAGAUAUGGAAAUUGGGUACCCAACAGAAGUAAAGCAUGUGGCUCAUGUUGGCUGGGAGGGCUCCUCUGGCAGCGCUCCUGCAUGGAUGAGUGAAUUUAAAGCAGCAGUGGAGCCAUUAUCUCCAAGAGCAUCAUCUGUUAGUCAUGCAACACAUUCGAAAUCAUUCUUGGCCACUUCUUCAUCCACUGAUUUUGAUCAGAGCUCAAGCCAACCAACUAUAUUAUCAGAUAGGCUAAGGGAUGUGCCUCCAAUUCCAGUAGGUCUAUCCAAGAUUCAUACUAAGAGCAAGAAUAGGAGAAAGAAACCAUCUUCAUCAUCACCAAGAUCCAGAUUACCAUCUCCAAAAUCUUCAAGAUCCGCAGGUUUAUCUAAAUACUCGUUCAAAUCAAUGACAACUCGGUUGAACUCUAAUGCAUAA